AUGUCGCAGUGCUCCACAGAGCACAAGAAUGAUGCGGAAACUCAAGAGAAGAAAAUCCACAUCUUCGUGCUACUCUUUAAACGUAUUAUGCUCAUAUCCACUAGAGAAGUCUGCUUCAUAUUGGCCCUCUUCCUCACAGCUUAUGGUGCAUUUCAGUCUGGAGAUGCUUUGGACAAAGCGUCAACAUCAGAAAUCUCACUUUUGAUGUAUUAUGCUCCAUGGGAUGCUGAGUCUCAGGAGGUUCGACAGGAAUUAGAAAAUGUUGCAAGACAUUUUUUUGACAAGGUCCUGGUGAUAGGGAUCAACUGCUGGUAUCCUAAGGGAAGCUGUCGCAAGAGGUUUUCCAAGAUACCUCACUACCCGGUUUUGGUUCUUUACCGACGAAGCAGUUCUGGCAUUGUCUAUAAGGGUGUGAAGACAGCACCUUACAUUAUACGUUUCCUGAAUGAAGCUUUCAAGCCUUUGCUCCAACUUCAUAUGCCAUCUUAUCUUCAGGACCUAUUAUUCCUCCAUGAUUCUGUGAUAUAUGGAUACUUUGACUUCUCUUCAUGGGAGAGAGUUGAGCCUUCUCGAUUGUAUAGAGUGUUCCAUGAAGCAUCUCUUCAAGCUCUCUCUGAGGACCCAUAUCGUGAAAUUGCAUUUGCUGUCAUUAGUGAUGGAAAGGUGGCAGAGGCAUUGAAUGUCUCUCUUCAUGAAAUUCAUCUUCGCAUGUGGAAUCAGACAUUAGUGCAUCCAGUUAAUGAAAGCCUGACAGUUUCAUCCUUGCUGAAAUGGAUUCGUGAGAGGAAUCAACAAGUGAUUGAAUGGAUCACUCCUCUAGGAAGAAAGAGUGACCAGCUGAGUUUUUUUCUGCAAGAGCGGCCUACCCUCAUUCUCUUCACUCCACGCAAUCCUCUCCUUCCCUCAAAUCCAGACUAUGACUUAGUCAGGCAGAUGGGAGCUUUGUAUGCUGAUUGCCAUGGCACAGAAAGUGUGAAGUAUUUCAUAGAAGGGCUGGGUCACCACAGGGAAGAAAGCAAAAGAAGAUACAGCCAUCUUGCUGCAGAAUGUGAGGAGUGGCUUGAGAAGAAGUUAGAGCUGCAUUUCAAGAAUACUCCUCCACAGAAGGAGCAGGGGGAGUGCCAGAUGUCUUCUCAGGAGUGCUGCCAAUGUGCUGUUGCUGGCCUAUAUCCUGAGAACAUGUGUCAUGUUUGUACUAGGGGAGGAUGUCACAAGUUGGGUGGAGAGAACUUGCUCUCUUCAGUGAAUCAGCUGAAGCAUUUGGAUAGGACAUGUCAGGAAAUCUGGCUUUCAUCCAAUUUCAUUGAUGAUGAGACAGGUCCCAGCAAGCAUGCAGGCAAUGCAGAUAUUCAUGGGCUGGGUUGUGGGAAUAAGUCCUUGGCAUUCAUUGCUGUUGACAGCAUCUUAUUCCCAGAGUUCUCAGAGCGAUUGGAAGUAGGAAUCAAUAACAAGUCUCUUGUUGGGGAAACAAGAGUUGUCAUCAUUGAUAAUACUGCAGAGUGUCAUUUCUCAAUGGGAGGAGAUCUCACCAAAGAGUCCUUAAAGGCUUUCAUAUACAACUACACUCAUGGGAAGUUGAGUCGACCUCUGAAGAGCCAUGGACCACAUAUACAUCAUUUAUGUCCUGAAACUUCAUCUAGUCUCUGUGUCACUGAGUUGACCAGUGAAACAUUCCAUGAAAUAGCCAUGGAUCCUGAAAAAGCUGUGAUAGUCUUCUAUUAUACACCUUGGUGUGGAUUCUGCACAUCUGCAUCAUACGUAUAUUUGGAAGUGAAGAAGUUGGUAGGAGAUGUAGUUCCAUGGUUGCACUUCACUCGUAUUGACAGUCAGAGCAAUCCCCUACCAUGGCAUUUUACCAUGGAAUCAUUCCCUACCAUCCUGUUUCUCCCUCGAUACAGGAAGGACAAUAGUCGGGUGUUUCCCCCUGACCAACCGCUCACUGUUUCCAAUCUUCUUCACUUCAUCCUCUCCAAUGUGGGGAAUGAAGUGCAUUCUACUCUUGCAUUGAGGCAGUGUGCCUCUGAUGACACAUCCUGCAGGUCAAGAUCUGUACUGCUGAUUCGUGAUAGAAUUCAGUCUUUGCUGGCUCUGUUUCGGCUUCUAUCUAAAAGACUGCAACACCCUUCUUCAUUUUCAAGUGCCCAUUUGAAAGAGGAGCAGCAGAAGAUAUUUGACACUCUUGUUCACUUGCAUCACAUGCUCUGGGCCUUUGAAGUGCCAUUCAGUGAUCCUCCUUGACAUGCAUGCCCAAAGAGAAGCUUAUUUAUGGGAAUUCUUUCUUUAAUAUAUUUUGGGAUGCAUUUUCAAUGCACGGUAAUAUUAGGUUUUCAUUCUCUUGACUGAAAAGGGUUGAACGGUGCAUUAAUUUGGUGCAGUCAUGAAUAUCUCCUUGUCAAGUUGUCAUUUGAGCAUAUUUACAGGGUGGAGCAGAAGGGAACAGGUUUCAUUACUAAUAACUCAGUAGCUAUUUGACAUUGAGAUAUGAGAUGACCACCAGAAUGAAAAUUUAUUUGAUUCUAUUUUCAGGUGUGUAAUUAAACAUUGACCAGGAUGGCUGCCAGGCAUUAUUUACAAGAUUGACUGUUGUGUGUCCAUCUUUAUCAUAAGACAAACAAUGCUGGUGAAGUUUCAACAGCCAAGCUAAGCAGCUGCAAGGGUGUUUGGAAAUUGAUGGCCAACAAGUAUUUGUAAAUAACCAUGUGAAAAUGACGCU